UCCACAAUCCGCCAUGGAACAUGCAAAGAACUUUACUAUGGCAUGAUCAAAGAGAACUCUGAGGGACAAGUUGGACAAGGGUUUUGGCCACUACUUCCACCAGAAGCCCCUGCGACCACCGGGAUGGCAAGUUCUUCGAGUGGCGAUUUUACAGGCUUGGUUGGCUUGUCUACCACAGUCGCAAACGAGAGGCUUAUAGAGCAAUUGGAAGAAAUUGUGGGAGAAUUCCUGGUUUUGGUGAAGGCAGUGACCUGGAGGUCCAGGCUAAGCUUCAUACAAUCACAGGAAGGUGCCAUCGUUCCACUAGUGGUGCUUUUCUAUAUUGUGGCUGCAGCGCUGACCGGUGACAUGUACCUGAUAGGUGAGGUGCUUCUGAUCCUGCCAUUCCAUUUCUUGGCAUGGUACAUUUCUUUCAGAUUGCCCCGUGCUGAGCAGCUACGGGCCAUUGCCAAAGUGCAAGACUGCAUUCAACGUUUCGUCUCCAGCGAUGAUGCUUUUACCACUGCGAGUGACCUGACACACCAGGAAGCUGUGCCUCCAAGUGCUUUGUGCGUCAGUGUCCUUCGAGAUCGUGUUUGGCGACAGCUGCCCUACAACAUGGUGGUUGAGGGUGAUGUCUUCAAGCUUCGAGAGGGUGAGACCUUCCCGUGCCAUGCAGAGCGCUUGGCAGUCCGACUGCCUUAUGGUGCCAUUCCUUCAGGGCAGAUGUUCCGUGCCCGAGAGGUGUUUGCACCUGCCCCACAGCUGGUGCAACCUGCCUCGCAGCCUGCCGAGGCAUUUGGAGCUCGCGCGGCUGAGGUUCCGGCUGUGGCCUCCUUUCGUGCCAGAAGUACUGCAUGCGUUCCGAUGGUUCGCAAGUUUCUACAAUCUGCCCAGAGAGAAGGCCGGACGGACACAGUGUUCUUCGAGGUCGCUGCAUUAGUCAGAGACAGAUUGAAGAAGAUAUCCAUGGUUGCCUUUGUCUCCAGUACAUGCGCAUGCGGCCUUUGGCUGCUGCAGCCGGCUGUAAAGGAGCAAAGCUUGCAGUGGCACUUGCAGCGCUUCCUGCUGCCAUUGCGGGUGAUCCUUUGCUUGCUGCCGCUGCUGCCUGCAAUUUUGCUGCAAGUCACGGACAUUUGGGGCAAUGCACGCAUUCAAUCACUGUUUCAGUGGCAUGCUGGUCUCAGUGACGAGGAUAAGGAACUUGAGAAAAGCGACGAGCAGAGCCUCAGUGGUGAGAUCGACGCAUCCAGGGUGCCACUGCAGUGGCAGCUAAAGGAGCUGUUUGGCAUCCUGUGGCAAGGUCUUGAAGGACAUGCGAACCUAAUGCACACCUUGAAUUCAACUACCGUGGUAUGUUUUUGUGAUCGGGAGGGCCUUCUCACGGAUACCUGCACUACAGUGGCGGAGCUGUGCCUGUGCGGUUCCAAGCGACAAAGGAAGAACAGCGUGUUCAGUGAUGCGGGCACUCACAGUGUGCCAGCUUCUGAAGCUGGGAAUGAGGAGCAUCAACGAAGCCACAGCUAUCGCAGUGGACGCAGCCCUAGCAAGAAGACGCCGGAUGAGUCUCAGCCAAGCCCAGACAGAGAAGAAUCCAAAGAGGAGGAAGUGAUGGAAGAAUCUAACUUCACUACAGUGGUAUUAGAUGUGCAAUCGGACCAUCAUGCCCCAAGUGGCUUGCGGUUUGAAGAGGCAGAUUGGCGUCAGCAUUUGUCAAGUUUGAAGCCCUUGUGCUUGAGCAUGGCUGUGUCACGACAGCCCCGAGAGCUUUUCUCUCAGAAAGAGGGGCCUAUGCUUUUUGACCUCAUGGCAGGGGAUUUGUUGCAAGCGAUGCAUCGUGGCACCUCGGCCGCCAUGCACGACUGCACAUGCACUAUGUCCCAGCUGAUCGGUUUCCGGGAAGAUGUGGUUGCUGGAUUUACCGAUGUGAAGUUUUGCAUGGAGCUUUGUCGACCCUUGAAGCUGCAAGCUCCACCGAAGCAACGCUCUGAAGCAUCAAUCCCACCUGAACAGAGAAUUGCAGAAGCGUCGCCCAACACUGUUGCGACCCAUGCUCAACCUCACAUGGCAUGGCGUGCUGCUCCAUCUCCUCAAAGUGACGUUCCCAGUGAAGCGAUGCCUUCGCCUUUGGACAGGGAGGAGGCAAUGCCACAGUUCAGCAAUGCUUGUGGUCUUGAGUCUCCUGAGGAUGAUUCUGGCCACAGUUCUGCACCAGGAGGGCACACAAAUUUUUCACAGACACUCCUGACCUGGUUUGUGGAAGAUCCUCGUGAUGGAUCGUACCAGAUGUUUUGCAAGGGCAAGCCGAAGCGUUUGUUGCCUCGUUGCACGCAUUAUUUCGAUGGUCAUGAGGUACUACCACUCCAUGAAGAAGACAGACAUUGCUUGACCCGGCUCGUGUUGCAGUGGAAAGCUUCUGGUUUGACGGCUUUGGCUUAUUCAUUCCGGCCUCUCACUUCACCAGCUGAGCGUGAUAUCCCUACGCAGCUUGACAAGAACACCUUUUUUUGUGCUACCGAAGGUGAAGAUGGAGAGUACACGGUAGCCCAGGCUGGAAAAGGAGAGGGUGUGUCCACUGGGGCUGCGCGACUAGCUCAAGCAUGGAAGGAGCUUCAAGGUGCACAAGUUUUGUUGGGCAUGGCUGGGGUGAAGCUUUGUGCAUCAGUCCGAAUGCCUUCCUACGCUGAGGCCCUUCAGACGGCAGGUAUUCGCUUCCAAGUCUACUCUGCUGAAGGGGAGAAGCGUACCAGAACCCUCGGUUCACAGCUUGGAUUGGAGACAGGCUGGAACUGCCUGAUAAAUCUGGAGCCUUCUGCCAAAGUCGUGAAGAACAUGAUGGGUCAGGUCGUGUUACCCUCGGGUAUUUCGAAGAUCCGGCGACACACAAAGGAGGUGGACAACGUCCCACUCUUGGUGUCCUUGUACUCCAAAGCAACUCCAUGGAGGGCACAACAGAUGAUCAGCAUCAUGCAGGAGCAUGCAGAGUGUGUAACAUGCGUAGGCUCAGCUUUGAGGCCCAACUUUGAGAUCUUCCGCCAGGCCAGCCUGUCGGUGUCUGUCUUGGUGAAUUCCGUGCCACAGUGCCGGCGGUGCUUUGGACGCAGAGCUCCGCGACAGCAGAGUGCUAGUGAUCGAGGUCCUGAUGACCUUUUAGUGAACAAUAUGGUUAAUCGUGCUGAAUUUCAGCUGUCCGCAGAUUUGACUUCACUUCCUUGCGCACUGCAAGCCAGACAUUCCUUCUCCAAUGGUGAACAACGCACACUUGAAGUGCUCUUCAAUGCCAUCAAAGAAGCACGCCGCUGCGUUGAUUGCAUUCUGAUGGUCUUGAUUCAUUACCUUUGUGGUGCUGUAGAGCUUGCCGUUGUGGUUGGGUUGCAAGCCCUUCUGUGUCUACCAGCACCACUGGAAGGCUUUCAUGUCAUGGCUUUGCUAUUGCUUUUUUUGCCGGCACUUUCCACAGGCUUGCUCUUCAAUGCAGCCUCCCCACAAAUCAUGAAGGAGCUACCGUUAAAAAAGGCUGAUGAAAAGACAUUGGCCCAACCUGGCCGCCUCAUGCUGCUGUAUGCCCUAAGAUCUGUGCCUUCAGCGUUGGUGGUGGUUGUCGCCUUCAUCCAUGACUUGCAUCGGGUGUUUUCCUGGCGCUUGGGGCGAAUUAUGCACAGUGACCGAAAAACUCCCAUUUUGGAGAAGGCUUGUGAGGGCUUUAGUUGGCAUUUUUGGCUUACAGGCCAAUGGGUGCCCUGUGUCCGGGAACUGCACCAAAUUGAAGCACCAAACAGGCCACCCUGGUCUCCAUGGAGCACAGGAAGCGAUGAGGGUCGAUGCGCAGUGUCCCAUGCACAGCAAUGGUGCGCCUUGCUCUUUGUCAUUUACCAAGUUGUUCUGUCAUUCACAUUCUUGGACAGAUACGAUUCCUUGGUCACGCGUGGUCCUGCCAGCAACAAGGUUCUGUACACUGUUGCAAUCCUGGGUUUGGUGCUUCAUGCUGCCAUAAGUGCGUGCAUAGUAUAUUUCGAGUGCAAGCAGGAUUUGUCCGAAGUACUGCUACCUUCAUGGCAGUACUGGCUGGGCUACAUGUUCCUUUGGCCAUUUUUGGCUGUGCUCAUCUCAGAAGGUGCAAAGCGGCGUGACAGGCGAUACCACACGCAUCUACAGAAGACCUUGCGCGUGCUCUUCAAUACACGGCUGGGAAUGUGGAGUCCAAAGUGAGCAGACCACAAAAUGGUUUCACAAGAUUGCUCAAAAUCUCAGAGUGCCAGUGCUGCACUGGUGCCACUUUCACCAUCUUUCACGCAUUUCAAUUUUGAUGGUGGGAGGACAAGGCUUGGGGCCAAACAUUGCAAAAAGAACAGAAAAGGCGGG